AUGUCCUUCAUAGGAAAGGGAGCGAACGCAACAAAUAGCCCAGUGUAUGAAGAUGCCGAUCAUGACCCCGUUACCUCGGUUCUGGUCAAUGGAGAUGUCCCUCACUACGAUGGCUCGAUGGACGCAGAUGAAAGGGUAAUUACGGCCCUUGGGUACAAACAGGAGUUUAAGCGCGAGUUUUCGUUAUGGACCACAUUUUGCGUUAGUUUUGCGGUGCUGGGGUUGCUACCCUCGUUUGCAAGCACAAUGUACUAUGGGAUGGGGUAUGCCGGAACCGCGGGUAUGGUUUGGGGCUGGAUCAUUGCCAUGAUUUUCAUCCAAUGUAUCGCUAUGUCUAUGGCUGAGCUGUGCUCUGCUAUGCCUACGAGUGGCGGGCUGUACUAUGCUGCUGCAGUGCUCGCACCUCCAGGAUACGGCCCUUAUGCGGCUUGGAUUACUGGAUGGUCCAACUGGAUUGGCCAGAUCACCGCUGCCCCUUCCGUUGACUAUGCCCUAGCUGCGAUGAUUCUGGCUGCGGGUUCUAUCGCGAACCCCAACUAUACCCCGGCGGAUUGGCAGACCUUCCUUCUGACAACAUUGAUCAUGAUUAUUCAUGCCAUCAUCAGCAGUAUGCCAACGAAAUGGGUCGCAGAGUUCAACUCAUGGGGCUCAACCUUUAACAUGCUUGCUCUGAUCGCUGUGAUCAUUGCUAUUCCCGCAGCCACCACGAACUCGCCCAAGUUCUCGUCAUCCAAGGAUGUCUGGGGGACGAUUGGUAACAGGACGGACUAUCCCGACGGAGUCGCCGUGCUGAUGACCUUUGUCGGCGUUAUCUGGACCAUGUCCGGCUACGACUCACCCUUCCAUCUUAGCGAGGAAUGCUCCAAUGCGAAUAUCGCCUCACCGCGCGCCAUUGUGAUGACCUCCGGAGUUGGCGGGCUUAUGGGCUGGUUCCUACAGCUCGUUGUCGCCUACACGGUGCUCGAUAUCGAUGCAGUGGUCAACUCUGAUCUGGGACAGCCGUGGGCAUCUUACCUGUUCCAGGUCCUGUCGCGCCAGGCCGCGCUCAGCAUCCUCGCUCUGACCAUUAUCUGCGGCUUCUCCAUGGGUCAAGGGUGCAUGGUGGCUGCAUCCAGAGUGACAUACGCCUACGCCCGUGACGACUGCUUCCCUCUAUCCAAAUACUGGAAGCGCGUCAACGGCACCACCCAGACCCCCGUCAACGCCGUCGUACUUAACGCUGUCCUCGGGAUCUUAAUGUGUCUGCUCAUGUUUGGCGGUUCGGUCGCCAUCGGCGCCCUAUUUUCUAUUGGCGCCAUUGCCCAGUUCGUUGCGUUUGCAAUCCCCAUCACGAUCCGCGUGUUCUUCGUCGGCGACCGCUUCCGUAGGGGACCAUGGCACCUAGGCCGCUUUGGCCCAUUUAUUGGAGGCGUGGGCGUCUCAUUUGUGCUGCUGAUGGUCCCCAUUCUCUGUCUUCCCAGCGUGACCGGCUCAGACCUUACCCCGGAUCUGAUGAACUGGACCUGUCUGGUGUGGGGAGCGCCGAUGCUCGCGGUCACAAUCUGGUGGUUUGUGGAUGCACACAAGUGGUUUAGGGGUCCCAAGGUGAACGUGGAGCACGCCAUUCAUGCGGUUCAGGAGGAAUCUGGGGUCAUUGUUGGUGUGUCUGUUGCUGAACAUGCUGGGGGGGGGCCACCAGAGGAUGCAUCGAGUGAGUGA